AUGGAAACCGAAUAGCCAGAGGAAACCUUCCCCAACACUGAGAUUGGUAAAUGCCCAGCAGAAGACAUGGAAGAGGAGCAAGCAUUUAGAAGAUCUAGGGACACUGAUGAGAUGGUUGAAUUACACAUUCUGCUUCAGAGCAAGAAUGCUGGGGCAGUGAUUGGAAAAGGAGGCAAGAAUAUUAAGACUCUGCGAACAGAAUACAAUGCCAGUGUUUCAGUCCCAGACAGCAGUGGCCCCGAGCGCAUAUUGAGUAUCAGUGCUGAUAUUGAAACAAUUGGAGAAAUUCUGAAGAAAAUCAUCCCUACCUUGGAAGAGUACCAACACUAUAAACCAGGUAAAGCCUCUUUAAAAUCUAAAUGAUAUAUAGCAAUUGAAUGCAUAAAUAAUAAUAAUAAUAAAGAAAAAAGUGCUAAAAUCAAAGAGCUUCAAGGGAACACUCAGACAACAAUCAAGCUUUUCCAGGAAUGCUGUCCUCAUUCUGCUGAGAGAGUCGUUCUUAUUGGAGCAAAGCUUGAUAGAGUUGUAGAGUGUAUAAAGAUCAUCCUUGAUCUUAUAUCUGAGUCUCCUAUCAAAGGACGUGCACAGCCUUAUGAUCCCAAUUUUUAUGAUGAAACCUAUGAUUAUGGGUCUCAACCUUUUGGGGACCUAACUUCUAAACAUUCUAAUAGCUUUGCCUUGAUUUUCUUCUGCUUUCUUACUAAAAAUGAAGACAUUCAAUACUAA